CGCCUUUUCCUGCGCACGUCAGAUCAUGGCGCAGGGUCAGCGCAAGUUCCAGGCGAAGAAGCCGGCCAAAAGCAAGACGGCGGCGGUGGCCGCUGCCUCGGAGCGGAACCGGGGCCCGAGGAAAGGAGGUCGCGUUAUCGCCCCCAAGAAGGCGCGCAUUGUGCAACAGCGAAAGCUCAAGAAGGACCUAGAGGUAGGGAUUCGGAAGAAGAUUGAACAUGAUGUGGUGAUGAAAGCCAGCACCAGCCUGCCCAAGAAGCUGGCACUGCUGAAAGCCCCUGCCAAGAAGAAGUAGGCAGCCUCUUCCUCCACCAAGACACCUUCCUAAGGAUGCAGCCCCUGCCUCCAUGCUCGGACCUCUACAGGUGACUCCACAGGCAGCAGCAUGAAUGAAAGGAUUCCUGCUCCCCGGAGCCUUGGGUUGCAGCUUGAACUUUGAACUGGGUUGGGGGUGGGGCCUGGCCUGUGAGCAGAUGACCAGCACAUCGGUAGUGUAUGGCUCAGCUUCUCAGGGUGCCAAGAACUCAGCAGUGGCCAUGAAGAAAUGUUCACCAACUUUCUUAACCACUCCUCUCCCCCCACCCCCCAAUUUCUUUGUCCACUGAUUUAACCCAGAGCAAUAAAGCUGGCUUUGUCAUUCCUCCUGCAGUCACAUGCUCCUGUGAGCAGGCCAGUGCGAGGGCCAUAGGCCAGGUGCACUGACCCGCUCAAUCUCAGCAAUUUCAACAGGAGUCCAGCCACACGUUCUCGGAGGGGCGUUUGGGCUUCUGCACAUCCAUCCUGGGAGCUUAUGGAGAGUCUUUACUUCCCUCCAACCCAGGUGACUCACACCAGUCUCCUUACCUGCAUGCCCUCCCCAGGCAUGCCAAGGUACCCCAUCUUCCUGGGACAAGCCAGGAGGUGUAAGGAGCCAUUUUCCCAUCUGUAGGACGGGUGUUGACACCAUCUGGUAGGUUCACAAUGCUUAUUAAACCAGAAUGCACUUA